AGGACGUGAUUGGUUGCCAGGGGCGCCGCCCCGCCCCCGCGGGCCAAUGGGCUGCCGGGGGCGGGCCGCCCGCGCCGCGGACGCCGCGGGGACGACCGCGCUGGGUACGGGGUGCCGCGGCUCGCGAUGAAGCCGCCCAUUUCAAUACAAGCAAGUGAGUUUGAUUCUUCAGACGAAGAGCCUAUUGAAGAUGAGCAGACUCCAAUUCAAAUUUCAUGGUUACCUCUGUCCCGAGUGGAUUGUCCUCAGUUUCUCGGUUUAUGUGCUCUUCCAGGUUGUAAAUUUAAAGAUGUUAGAAGAAAUAUUAAAAAAGAUACAGAGGAACUACAGAGCUACGGGAUCCAAGACGUGUUUGUUUUCUGCACCAGAGGGGAGCUGUCAAAAUACAGAGUCCCAAACCUUCUGGACCUCUACCAACAAUCUGGCAUUGUCACCCACCACCAUCCCAUCCCAGAUGGAGGCACCCCUGAUAUAGGCAGCUGCUGGGAAAUCAUGGAGGAGCUGGCCGCCUGCCUCAAGAACCACCGAAAAACCCUGAUACAGUACGCCUCCCCCACAGGAAGUGCUCCCGGGCCUGUUAGCACACGUGAAGACUGUUAUGGAGGACUUGGAAGAUCUUGUCUUGUAGCUGCUUGCCUCCUCCUGUACUUGUCUGACUCAGUAUCACCACAGCAAGCCAUAGACAGCCUUCGAGAUGUCAGGGGAUCUGGGGCCAUACAGACCAUCAAGCAAUAUAACUAUCUCCAUGAGUUCCGGGAUAAAUUAGCUGCGUAUCUAUCAUCAAGAGACUCGCUAUCAAGAUCUGUGUCCAGAUAGUGAAGGCUCCAAGUACGCGGGCGCACGUCUGAAGUCUCCAAGCUCUCUAGCAUUUGAGUUGAAACAACUGGUGCCGCCAUCUUGAAUAUAAAUGUUACGUGCAGACACUC